UGAGCUUUUGGAAUUGAAGCUAAAAUAAGAAAUUUGGAGAGAAAUGGGAUGUUCUCAUUCGAAGUUUGAUGACGAUGAAGCUGUUCAGAUCUGUAAAGAUAGGAAACGUUUCAUCAAACAAGCAGUGGAACAUAGGACUGGGUUUGCUUCUGGUCACAUUGCUUAUAUCCAGUCUCUGAGAAAAAUUUCAGAUGCUCUCCGGGAAUAUAUCGAAGGAGAUGAGCCACAUGAGUUCAUGUUGGACACAUUUGUGACUCCAGUGAAGAGAAUGAGUAACUCGGGCGGCUUCAUUGAGAUAUCUCCUCCUUCAAAAAUGGUUCAGAGUGAGGCAGAGUCGAAAUUAAAUGUCAACAACUACUUGAUGGCUAGUGGAAGCAGACCGGUUCGGGUUGAAGAAAAGCCUCCUAGAUCACCUGAUACUUUCCAGGUUGAGACUUAUGGAGCAGAUAGUUUCUUUGGGAUGAAUAUGAACACAAUGAACUCGCCUGGCCACAGUCCUGGACUAGUCAGUCACAAUUUACCGCCUCCUUCGCCACAGAACUCUCAGUGGGAUUUCUUUUGGAAUCCAUUCUCGUCAUUGGACCAUUACGGAUACAGUUAUGAUAACCAAAGUGGUAUGGAUGAUGAUAUGAGACGGCUGAGGCAGGUUCGGGAGGAAGAAGGGAUUCCGGAUCUUGAAGAAGAUGAAUAUGUAAGGUUUGAGGAUCAUCAUAACAUGAAAGCAACAGAAGAUUUUAAUGGAGGUAAAAUGGAUCAAGAAGAUAGAGUAGAAUAUGUUAAUGAGGAAUUCAAAGACAGUGGAUGCAAGACUGAGAAUGAAAGGGACAAGAACUGCAUUGGAACUCAAGAACGGCGAAGCCUUGAGGUGUCCAGAGGAGGAACUACAGGGCAUGUUGUUGGAAUUACAACAGAUGAUGCAAAAGGAGAGACACCUGGUUUCACUGUGUACUUGAAUCGAAGGCCGACGAGUAUGGCAGAAGUUAUUAAAGAUCUUGAAGAUCAGUUUGCGAUCAUAUGUACUGCUGGUAAAGAAGUCUCGGGUCUGUUGGAAGCUAGUCGAGUUCAAUACACAUCCUCUAAUGAACUCAGUGCCAUGACAAUGCUGAACCCAGUAGCUUUGUUCCGCUCAGGCGGCUCAUCAAGAUCUUCUUCCUCAUCAAGAUUCUUGAUCAGCUCUUCUGGAGGUUCCAGGGUGAGUGAAUUUGAAAGCAACAGCGAAUUUUCGGAAGAAUCUUGUAUGCUUUCGGGUAGCCAUCAAUCAACAUUGGACCGACUAUAUGCGUGGGAGAAGAAACUCUAUGAUGAAGUCAAGUCUGGAGAUCGAAUACGGAUUGCAUAUGAAAAGAAAUGUUUGGUGCUGAGGAAUCAGGAUGUGAAAGGAGCUGACUCUUCUGCAGUUGAUAAAACAAGAGCUACAAUUAGAGAUCUACAUACUCAGAUCAAGGUCUCUAUACACUCAAUAGAGUCUAUCUCCGAAAGGAUCGAGACUCUUCGCGACCAAGAACUGCUUCCGCAGCUUCUUGAGCUUCUUCAAGGAUUAGCUCAGAUGUGGAAAGUGAUGGCAGAAUGUCACCAGAUACAGAAGCGAACAUUGGACGAAGCUAAGCUAUUACUUGCAACCACACCUUAUAACCGUCACAAGAAGCAACAACCAAUUUCACUACCGGAGAUCAACUCUCAAAGAUUAGCUCGAUCAGCAUUGCAUCUCGUGGCUCAGCUUCGAAACUGGAGAGCCUGCUUCCAAGCAUGGAUCACAUCCCAAAGAUCCUACGUGCUUUCUUUAACCGGGUGGUUACUCAGAUGUUUCAGAUGUGACCCUGACCCAGAGAAAGUCAGACUAACGUCUUGUCCUCACCCAAUCUAUGAAGUCUGCAUCCAAUGGUCAAGGUUACUCACCGGGUUAAACGAGAAGCCGGUACUAGACAAACUCGACUUCUUUGCCUCUGGGAUGGGUGCAAUCUAUGCUCGUCAGCUUAGAGAAGACCCGUCUCCGGUAACAGAUGGUUCGAGGAAGUACUCAGGACAAGAGAGGAUGGAGCUUGUUGAAGCUGACAAAGUAGAAGAGGAGAAGAUGAUGACUGCAGAGAAACUAGCUGAGAUUGCAGUUAAAGUACUCUGCCAUGGAAUGUCGGUUGCAGUGAGCUCACUCGCCGAGUUCUCCAUUAGCUCAGCUGAUGAACACUCGAAGCUCGUUACCCAUCCAGAGGAAGCCAUGCCAGAGCAAACCAAGAUUUAAACUUUUGUGUUCUCAACUUCUCAUUUAUUUAUUAAUUUAUCAUUGAAAGUUUAGGACUUUAGGUUAGUUUAGCCCUGGAAGCUGCAUCUUUUGCUAUCAAAAGAUAGUUUAGAUGAAUGGAGAUUUGUGUAUGAUUAAGAUACAUAAAGUUAGUUCAGUUAG